GUUUGUUCUCUCAGUUGCCUUGCCGGAAGAUGGAGAUGAUUCCGCGAGUGGUCGAGUGGGAUGCCGAUGGGUCUAACAGUACGUAGACUUGCGGAGUUACGAGGAGGUAAACUCGGCUGCGACAAUAGGGCCUACCCAGCUUUGUCUGCCUGUUGGAAAACAAGGCGACAUAGAUGGAGUUUGGGAGUCAUCGGUGACCCUAUUGUCGGAGAUGGAUCGAGUUCGACUGAAAAGAGGGUUGGCAGCUGUGUGGCGAGGCCAAAGGCGUGCUUUUGUUUUCUAGGAAACCACCUUAUCUAGUAAGUAGAAGGUUGGCGUGUUGGAACAAAAGAUGGAAGACUCCGAAGUAUGAUCAUGUUUUCGAAUGCGGUUGCGCAAGCUGAGUCCGUAAGGCCUCCUUUAUACUUGGAUAGAGAUCUUCAAUCCAGUCACAUCACUACACUUCUACGGUAAGCACACCAGAGA